UGACCUCUGACUUCAGGUGCUUGUUUGGUUUAACUCAUUUCCUGGAGCAGGACCUAGUUAGGCUGGAUCUGUGAGGGAGAGCCAUAGAAUAAAAUAGGGAUGUGCCAGCUAUAUGUUAACCAAUCAGAAGCGAGACGGAUGUACAUUUAAACAAAAGUUUGUCAAAGCGAAACAGUCCGAGGAAGUGCGCAGUAGCCUACAAGGAGAGAAGUGAAAGUUUUGGUUCUUGGAUGUAUCAUUAGUGCGCAGGUUACGCUUAAAUCGCUAUGGCUUAACACUAUCCUUGCUAUUUAUAUCUCUUGAGACUUUUGUCCUUCCUUGACGGUUGAACAUUGUUCGGUUUUAAGUCGACAACAAGUGACGCUUAAAAUGCAUUUUCUUGGCAUUUUUGGGCUGAUUUUAUGGGACCUAUCACUGGGGUGUCCUGUUCCAAUAGAUACCAUCAUAGUGCAGGUCCAGCAGUGGGGAGUGGUGGGUGCUCAGCAGGUCGUGGAGCAGGUCCUUCUCAAUGGAGUCUCUCUUACUGGCAAAAACCAGGAAGUUGACAGCAUUAUCCAAACCAUGUCAGCUGAUGCACAACUUCCAACUCUUAUCGGUGUCAACCAGACUUCAGUCCUAAGAAACCACACUGUCCUUCGUUCUCGUGAAUGCAUAUUGGAGGGGUCUCAACUGCACUGGACAGACCGUGUGUUCUAUGAUGGGAAGGUCUAUCUGACUCUGGACCACUCUGACACGUGGACAGCCCACGUACCGGAAGCACUGGCCUUAAAAGUGCUGUGGGACCAGGAAGAGCAGCGCAUAAAGACAGCAAGGACCCCCCUUCAGGAGGGUUGCAUCAAGCUGAUGAGAGAACUUGUACUUUCUGUGGAGCAGUCAGUUCCAGGAAUUCCUUCGCCUCAGUUUCUGAUCCCAAUCUUGGUGCUCCUGGCGUUUACAGGACUUAUCGUAAUCAGCCUCCUCCUCUUCAAAAACCAGGGUUUGAGACACCCUGGAGGUGUUGUUGGCUCGAUUAUACAUUACCCUAAAGACAUGACUGAAACAGCUCCAGACAUUAAAGCCAGUGGUUACCGUACCUUGUAAUUCAAAGCACCAGCUGAUGAGCAGGGUCACAUUUGAGCUUUCUACUUCAAUUUUACUGUUGAAUGUCCACUUACUGAUUUAACACUUGGACAGUAUUGCUCCAUGACUGUAACCAAAACCUUUGCUAAAGUACCAACAGCCCACUGUCUGAAACUCAUAUGGUUAUUUUGUGCACUUUAAUAUAUGUAUCACACUUUA